AUGCGAAAAGGAAAAGUUUGUCUAGCAUUCCAUCAACUUGUGAAUGCCGCGAUUGUCACAGACUUUGCAGAUUGGGCACUGCUUGAUACAAUACUUGAGACCGCAAUCGAACUCGCUCAGUUCUUGCUCCUUAUUGCAAAAUUCCCUCCAAGAAAAAUCCGAGAAGAGAUUACACUGGAGCUCGGCAUCCCGACCUUUUCACUUCACUCGGUUGCAAGGGAGAAUGUUGCGCACAAUUCUCGUGCUUCUGUCACUGGCAGCUGCAAAAGGAGAAGAUCGUGCAACGCUCUUGCGCUUCAAGAACCAGAUUCGUGUCACUGGCAUGGAGUCAAUUGCUCCAGCUCGGGCCGGAUCACUGGACUUGAUCUUCAGUCACUAUCACUGCCCAGGCCUGCUUUGCUCGAUGCGAUCCAAGACCUGUCCCAUCUAGAGGAGCUCCACAUCUCCCAGACCAAUUUCACCGGAUCGUCCACCAAUCGUUCGCUGCGAAGUUGCAACCUGGAAGCUCUCGACUUGUCUCAAAACAAGCUCACUGGCGAUGAUAAUCUUCUGCUUCAGAUCCUCGAGAGCUGCGGCGGGACGAUCAGAGCUCUCAACCUUUCUUCCAACGAGCUCACUCGCGAUGAUAUGCUGUCGUUGCCCCUCUUCUCCCGGGAGAGGUCUUGCAACUUGACGGUCUUGGACGUCUCAAACAACCGGCUCGUCGGCGAGUUUCCUCCCAGGAUCCUCUCCACUUGCGUUGAACUUCAAAAGGUCUUCCUGUCCAGCAACAAUCUCUCUCAGAUCUUUUUCCCCGGCUGCAAAAACCUGAUUAGUAUCAACAUCUCGUUCAACCAGAUAUCGGGAGAGUUAUUCGCUCCCGAAAGCAGAUGUACCUCACUGAAAGUUCUCGCUAUCGCUCGCAACGCCUUCUCCGGGGAUUUCUUCUCGCUGUUUGGAGCAAGCCAGCGCUCGCACAACUCCAGCUCGAGCAGCUUCUUUCCCGUCGUUGAGAGGAUCGAUGCCGCCUACAACAAAUUCACGGGUGAGGUUCCAGCGCAUAUUGGAGUGCUCACGAGGUACAUGGAUCUCAGCUCCAACAAUCUCACCACCAUAGGAAACCAGCAGCUUUGCAGCUCCAACUCAAGCCUGGAAAGUUUGCUCCUACAGAACAAUCGCCUGGAUGGUGAGCACAAUGUGUUUGGCUCCCUCCAAAGGUGUGCUAGUUUGAAGAUGCUGGACGUGAGCUUCAACACGCUUGCCGGAGAACUCCCCAGCAGCCUAUGCCAAAACCAUCCACAGCUCAGGCACCUGAUCCUCUGGGCGAAUAGCUUCGAAGGACAAAUACCAUCCGCUUUGGCCAAAUGCAAAAACCUCGUCAACUUGAUGCUGAGUUUCAAUCGUUUCGAGGGAGAGAUUCCAUCACAGCUCUCCGACCUGCAAGACCUGCAAUGGUUGAGCUUGAGCAACAACAGGCUUAGUGGUGAGAUACCUGCUGCGCUGGGACGCCUCCACAGGAUGACCGUACUCCAGCUAAGAGACAAUCGCCUGCAAGGAGAGAUUCCAUCAGAGCUCGAGCAGUGCGAGAAUUUGCUGAUGAUAGACUUUGCCGGCAACUUGCUGAGUGGAAAUAUCCCUGCUCGCAUCGGCAAAAGUUCGAGUAGCCUCCUGACACUGGUACCUCGAGUAGAGAGAAACUUGGGAGAGUUGAGGUACGUGACACCGGCGCUGGCUCUUCCAACCUGCACUGGAGCGAGUGGAGUUUUUGGAGUCCAGGGAAUUGCACUGGAGGAUUUUGAAGCAUUGCUUGCCGCGAGAACCAGGUGUGAUGCUCACGUCGGUUUCUUUCCCCCGGUUACUCUCGAUCUCAGCAGCCCCAUUUACUUGGACGUCUCGAACAACAACCUCACUGGAGAGAUACCGCUCGAACUUGGCAGGAUGGAGGAUCUUAUAGUCCUUGGUCUCGCCUACAAUUCUCUCACAGGAGAAAUCCCGGCAGGCUUUGGAACCAUCCCGACUCUGGACACGGUUGACAUGUCGCACAAUCUCCUCCAAGGUGGCAUUCCGGGCGGCUUUGCGAGUCUCGGCACUCUCACCCGGCUCAACGUCUCGUAUAACAACCUGUCUGGAAUCGUUCCCCAGGGCCCCCAGACUGGAACUUUUAUCCUCGAUGGAAAUCCCCGCCUGUGCAACCAUCUCGAGGUCCCGGGCUGUGCCGCCCCGGUUGAUGCCACGCCACAAAGUUUUUCACGGGGUGGCGACGAUGGCUUCGGCGGCAUCGUUGGGAUGGGAGUUGCUCUUGGAGUCGUCGCAUUUGUACCCAGCGCCAUUCUGUCCUUCAGGUAUUUAUCGCCACUGUUCUUCUAGAGUCCUUCGAAAAAGAUUGGGGAGUGAAUCAGGCAUUGUCGGAAUCUCUUAACGGCGGCCACUGUAUGCCCGCGGAACUCUUAGCUCUUGCAGUUAAAACGCUGUCGAUACGUAUCAGAUGCUGCAAGCGUUACUCGCAAGCAGGACUACAAUUCUUACAAGCUUACCUGGUUUUAUUCACGUUGACCUGUAACAUGAAAUAAGUAGCAAGAAUAAAAUGGUAAUAUCAACACCUUGUUAGA